AUUGCACAUACGGUUUAUUUUGACUGAAUUAAAUUUGAGUUUUAGUUCUUGUAACUACACAUCUCCCUUACUGUGGUCUGUUGCCAUAGAAACUCAGGUCUCUAAGACCCAUCCCACAUAACCCCUCCAACCUGUGUGUCCCAUGUUUAUGUGUGUGACGCCUUUUCGUGACCAGAAGCCAUCAGAUUGGCUACCGUUGUUCCUCCAGCUACAACUUCGAUUGGCUUAGGUUGGCGCGAAGGUGCGCGACUGUGAGACACGGGGGACGCGGGAAACAAUAGCGGGAGGAGCAGGCCAGAGAAUACCGGGGACCUAAGGCUGAACCCUAUAGUAAACUUAGAGACGCGGGGAGGGGUGUAGUUAAUCACCGGGGGAAAUAAGAAAAUACGGAACCCGAGAGAGGCAGCACCAUGGCGGAUAAAGAGGCUGCGUUUGAUGAUGCAGUUGAGGAGCGGGUGAUAAACGAAGAAUACAAAAUCUGGAAGAAGAAUACUCCCUUUUUGUAUGACUUGGUUAUGACACAUGCCUUAGAGUGGCCUAGUCUGACAGCUCAGUGGCUCCCAGAUGUCUCCAGACCUGAUGGAAAAGAUUUUAGCAUCCACCGAUUGGUACUCGGAACUCACACAUCAGAUGAACAGAAUCACCUUGUGAUCGCAAGUGUGCAACUUCCAAAUGAUGAUGCACAAUUUGAUGCGUCUCACUACGACAGUGAAAAAGGAGAGUUUGGAGGUUUUGGUUCUGUCAGUGGAAAAAUAGAGAUUGAGAUCAAAAUAAACCAUGAGGGUGAGGUGAAUAGAGCACGCUACAUGCCACAGAACCCCUGCAUCAUUGCUACAAAGACUCCCUCUAGUGAUGUUCUUGUAUUUGACUACACAAAACACCCAUCUAAACCAGAUCCGUCAGGGGAGUGUAACCCAGAUCUGCGGCUUCGAGGCCAUCAGAAAGAGGGUUACGGAUUAUCUUGGAACCCGAACCUUAGUGGUAACCUGCUCAGUGCUUCGGAUGACCAUACUAUCUGUCUGUGGGACAUCAGUGCUGUGCCCAAGGAGGGUAAGGUAGUGGAUGCUAAAACAAUCUUCACAGGACACACUGCAGUAGUGGAGGAUGUCUCGUGGCAUUUACUCCAUGAGUCUCUAUUUGGAUCAGUAGCAGAUGACCAGAAAUUAAUGAUUUGGGACACCCGCUCAAACAACACAUCGAAGCCCAGCCAUUCUGUUGAUGCUCAUACAGCUGAGGUGAACUGCCUUUCUUUCAACCCUUACAGUGAAUUCAUCUUGGCCACCGGAUCAGCAGACAAGACAGUUGCAUUGUGGGACCUGCGCAAUUUGAAAUUAAAGCUGCAUUCAUUUGAGUCUCACAAGGAUGAGAUUUUCCAGGUUCAGUGGUCUCCACAUAAUGAAACCAUCUUGGCUUCCAGUGGUACUGAUCGCAGGCUUAAUGUCUGGGAUUUAAGUAAAAUUGGAGAAGAACAGUCUCCAGAGGAUGCAGAAGAUGGUCCUCCCGAAUUAUUGUUCAUUCAUGGUGGUCAUACAGCAAAGAUCUCAGACUUCUCUUGGAACCCUAAUGAGCCAUGGGUGAUCUGCUCUGUAUCAGAGGAUAACAUCAUGCAGGUCUGGCAGAUGGCCGAGAACAUUUAUAAUGAUGAAGAAACAGAAGGCAGUGUGGACCCAGAGGGGCAGGGAUCCUAGUAGCUUAAAAGUCAACAAUGUUCUGGAUACUGUGUCGUCUUCAUCAAGCACUUGGACUUUGGCUAUUCUGGGCCUAUAAUAGGCUCCACAUUUUCCCCUGCUGUCUGUAAUCUCUUACUGGCAUUAGUAAGGGAUCUCUCCAUUUUUAUUAUAUAUAAAUAUUUUAUAUAAGAAUAUUUGUUUUAAUUAGGCUUCAGGUGUUUUUGUUUUUUAAUAUUAUAAAUGUGAAGGGGAAGAGAGAGCUCAGUUUGAUCUUGACACAGAGGUCCCACUGAUUCAUUCUGAAUCUCUUGCAUAGUAGAGAACAUUCCAGGACACAGCUUCGCAAAGCAUUUUUGUCACAAAACGUGGCCACACAAAUGUCUCAAAAAUAGACUUAUCUUCCUUCCUUUUUAACUUUCAUGUGUUUUUAUGGAUUCAACCUUGUUGACUGCUGUUUGUGCUUAACAGCCUCUGAGAAGCAACACGGUGACUUUGUGAAUGCAGAUUUUUUUUUUUUACCCCAGCACAUCUUUGGUGCUGUGUGAACACAUGAAAUGAAUAAACAUACUUGAUUUUUUUUAAAA